CCCAGAAGCCAAUGGGGCAGGAAGGCGCAGAGUGAUCGCCCUCAAAUCUUUUCAAGCACACAGCCUUCCUCUCCGCAGAGGUUCAUUUUCAGUGAGGGUGAGAGCUGCUUUCAGUCUCCAGUCAGUUUUCUGUCUCCUGGUCUCUGCUCAAGUGUGUUGCACAGAUAAAAUACCCAACAGGAUGUCUAAUUUAAAGGAGAUAUGCAGUGGUUUACCUCUGGACCCUUUGCCACUUAACCGGGGAAGAGAUCCCAAUGUGCCCCACGCACCUAUCAGGACCCCAAACCUCACAGCCGAGGAGGAGAGGUUGGCGUUGAGAAAUGCCCUGCGAUAUUUCCCUCCCUCUCACCACGCAACACUUGCAUCUGAAUUUGCUCAGGAGCUGCGGCAGUACGGGCACAUCUACAUGUACCGCUUCUGCCCGACUUUACACCUGAGAGCGUACCCCAUAGAUCAGUACCCAUGCCGCACACGUCAAGCUGCCUCUAUAAUGUUGAUGAUCAUGAACAACCUGGACCCAGCUGUUGCUCAGUUUCCUCAGGAGCUUGUCACCUACGGAGGCAACGGGCAGGUGUUUAGUAACUGGGCCCAGUACUGGCUGGUGAUGCAUUACCUGAGUGAGAUGACGGAGGAGCAAACUCUGGUCAUGUACAGCGGUCAUCCCAUGGGCCUGUUCCCCAGCCUGCCUUCCUCACCUCGAGCCAUCAUCACCAACGGCAUGGUUAUUCCAAAUUACUCUUCCAGAGACCAGUAUGAAAAGAUGUUUGCCCUCGGCGUUUCAAUGUACGGUCAAAUGACAGCGGGCAGCUACUGCUAUAUUGGACCUCAAGGGAUUGUUCAUGGCACAAUGCUGACUGUGCUGAACGCCGGCCGGAGGUACCUGGGCUCUGAUGACUUGAGUGGCCGUGUCUUUGUGACCUCUGGCCUGGGGGGCAUGAGCGGAGCUCAGGCAAAAGCUGCCGUCAUCGCAGGCUGCAUUGGUGUGAUUGCAGAGGUGGAUGAGGCUCCUCUUAGAAAAAGACAUGAGCAGGGCUGGCUGAUGGAGGUCACGAGCAGCAUGGAGCACUGCAUUAAACGAAUCAGAGAGGCCAAGAGCUCCAAGACUCCCCUCAGUCUUGGUUACCACGGCAACAUCGUCGACUUGUGGGAGAAGCUGCUGCAGGAGUUCGAGAGGACGGGGGAUCUCCUGGUGGAUCUGGGCUCGGACCAGACCUCCCUUCACAACCCAUAUAACGGAGGGUACUAUCCGGUCCAGCUCAGCUUCCGUCAGGCAAACCAACUCAUGUCAACUGAUCAUAACCGUUUCAAAACUGUAGUCCAAGAAAGCCUCAGGAGACAUAUAAAGGCCAUCAACAAGCUCUCCGAUGCUGGUAUGUUCUUCUGGGACUAUGGCAACGCUUUUCUCCUGGAGGCACAGAGAGCUGGGGCAGAGGUAGAAAAGGCUGGCGGAGGAGCGACAGAGUUUCGUUACCCCUCUUAUGUACAGCACAUUAUGGGAGACAUUUUCUCUUUGGGCUUUGGCCCGUUUCGCUGGGUGUGCACGUCUGGCGAUGCCCAAGAUCUUGCUGUAACAGAUGAUAUCGCUGCUACUGUCCUGGGGGACAUCAGUGCCAACGCCACUGAUCGCAUCAGGCAGCAGUACAACGACAACAUCCGCUGGAUCAGAGAGGCUGGCAAACACAAAAUGGUUGUGGGAUCCCAAGCCAGAAUCCUCUACUCUGACCAGAGAGGAAGAGUCUCUAUUGCUUUGGCGAUCAACCAAGCCAUCGCUGAUGGAAGAGUUUCAGCUCCUGUGGUUAUUAGCAGAGACCAUCAUGACGUUAGUGGCACAGACAGCCCCUUUAGAGAAACCUCUAAUGUGUAUGAUGGAUCUGCCUUCUGUGCAGACAUGGCAGUCCAGAACUUUGUGGGUGAUGCAUUCAGGGGCGCCACGUGGGUAGCCCUGCACAAUGGUGGUGGUGUUGGCUGGGGUGAAGUGAUGAACGGAGGAUUUGGCUUGCUGCUGGACGGCUCAGAGGAGGCAGCAAAGCGAGCCAGUCUGAUGCUCAACUGGGACGUGUCCAAUGGGGUGGCUCGACGCUGCUGGUCUGGAAACUCUCACGCAUACGAGACCAUCCAACGCACCAUGGAGGAGCACAGGCAGCUGCGUGUCACCAUGCCCUUUCCUGUAGAGGAUGAGCACGUGCUGGACCGGGCCCUGCAGGGCUAACCAACACGUCAGCACAGCAGAGGAAGCCUGCAGCUUUGAUCACUUAAUCAGAUGUGUCUGAACCAGGCUUUCUCCUAAUAGUGCAGACUGCUAGAAAUCACCAGCACAGACAGUUCAAACAAACCUGCAAAAUACUUUGCCGUUACUACUUUAGUUAAAAAACCGACAUAAUGUAAAGCAGUCUACAAUAUUGAGCUUGACUGUCAUUUAAUAAACAAGCAUUUUCUUUAUUUUUUCAUGCUGAAAAUUAAACUCCAAGCUACUAAAGUGUA